AUCAUCUAUCUGGACGAUAUACUAAUUUAUAGUAAAAAUGAAGAAGAUCAUUUGAAACAUAUAAAAAUUGUACUAGAUUUACUUCGUAAACAUCAAUUAUUUGCUAAGAAAUCGAAAUGUGAAUUUGAUGUUGAAAGACUUGAAUUUCUUGGCCAUAUUGUAUCUCCAAGUGGUAUUUCCGUUGACGAUAAUAAAGUGAUCGCACUCAAGAACUGGCCAACACCAAAAGAUUUAAAACAUGUUCGUUCAUUUGUUGGAACUGCCGGAUUUUAUCGGCAAUUCAUCAAGUCAUAUAGUGAAAUAGCAGCACCACUCACAGAUUUAAUGAGAGAUAACACACCAUUUGUAUGGACAUUGAAACAACAAACCGCGUUUAUGUUAUUAAAACAAGCGCUCACAUCAGCACCUGUAUUAAGAUUACCAGAUUUCACAUUACCAUUCAUCGUCGUUACCGAUGCAUCGAUGGUGGCUGUCGGGGGUGUUAUUAUGCAGAAUGAUGGUAAUGGUGAACGACCAAUAGCCUAUGAAUCAAAGAAGUUAAAUGAUGCGGAAAUACGUUAUCCAGUGCAUGAGCAAGAAUUUUAUACUAUCAUCAUCUGUUUGAGAAGUUGGCGAUGUUAUUUAGAGGGCAUGGAAUUUACAAUCUACACAGAUCAUAAAGCUCUCGAACAUCUACCAACACAAAAACAUUUGUCUCGUCGAAUAGUGAGAUGGGUUGAAUAUUUACAACAAUUUAAUUAUAAAAUUGAAUAUAAACCUGGUAGAGAAAAUGUUGUUGCUGAUGCUCUGACAAGAUUACAUCAAUUAUCAGCUGUGGAAGGCAAUAAUGUGGAUCGCGACCAACAUACUGAAACAGAUUGGCCAUUGUUAAUACCACAAUAUUUAAAACAGCAAACAUUUGAAGAAGAUAUUUUACAAUCAACGCGAAAAUUAAUUGAACAAGAAGCACACCUAUUUAUUUAUGAUUCAUCUGAAGAAAUAUUAUAUAGAAAACUAAUGGAUGGCACUACAGCACCAUAUGUACCAUUUAUUCUUCGAUUAGACACAGUUACAAAAAUUCAUGUGGCCUAUGGUCAUAUUGGUUCAGAUGGUGUAUAUGAAUUAUUACGUAACCGGGCAUGGUGGCCGAAUAUGAAAAGCGAUAUAAAACAAUGGAUUAAAACAUGCACAAAAUGUCAAAUAUCAACAUGUGGAAAAAUAGCGACAGAAGAAUUACAUCCUCUCAUACCUGUUGCGGCAUUCCAUCGCUGGAGUCUGGAUUUUAUUGGUCAAUUACCAUUAACUGAACAAGGAAACCGAUGGAUAUUAGUGGCGAUUGAUCAUACGACAAAAUGGCCAAUAGCAAAAGCGAUUCCUCAUGCCACUCAUGAAGUCGUGGCUAAAUUCAUUCAUGAUGACAUUGUAAUGAACUUCGGAUGCCCAACAGAAAUAAUAACAGACAGAGGAAAUAAUUUCACAACAGCAACACUCGAAUCAUAUUUAAAAGUGCUUGGUAUUAAACAUGUCUUAACAUCAGCUUACCACCCACGAUCAAAUGCCGCUAUUGAGAAAUUCAACCGUUUAUUCGGCGGAAUGUUGUCCAAGUACGUUGGUGAUAAAGUGAUAAGUAAAUGGGACGAAUAUAUUGAUCGAUCAUUGUUGGUCUGUCGAGUUAGAAUACAUCAUUCGACAGGCAAGACCCCAUUCUAUAUGGUCUACGGCAUUGAACCAAAAUUACCGGGUGAUAAACUACGUCCCUUAUUAAAUGAUAAUGACGAAAACGAUACGCAAGCACGAAUACAACAAAUACAACAACUCGAUAAACAACGUGCACUUGUUGAUCAACGCGUACAUUCCAAUGCCAACAAAAUGAAAAUCUAUUAUGACAAACAUUUAAAACAUCAAAAUAUAGCAUUGAAAGAGGGCGAAUGGGUAUUGAUACACAACGAACAACGAAAAAAGUUUAAACCACAUUGGAUCGGACCGUAUAAAA